CCGGCCCGCCCAGCCGCCGCCGCCGCCGCCGCCGCCGCCUCGUCCAUCUGUCCGUCCAUCGGCCCGGUCGGUUCGUGCGGGUGUGAGUCCGAGGUGCAGCGGCCGCGGGUGCCCCAAGGCCCCCGGCCCAUGGCCGCCCAGUAGACUCGCCUGACAGGGCUCCUUCCGAGAGUGCCGGCCCAAGCAGCAGACGCGGCGGCGGCGGCGGCGCGGGGCCCGCGGGCCUCCCGGGCAGACGGACGGACGUGCGUGCGUGCGUGCAUGCCUGAGAGUGCGGGAGGCCCCCAGGAGGCCAUGGGUUUCGCCCAAGAAGCGACAGCUGCGCGCGGGGAACCCGGGCCAGCCGCUGGGCUGGUCACCGGACUGGGCCGCCGACGGGCCGGCCAACGGGGCUGCGGCUGUCGCGGGGGCCCGGUGGCGGCGGGCGCCGGGAGCAGCUGCCGCCUUUUCCUGGCUUUCUUCGCGCUGUCGCUGGCCCUCCACCUGCUGACGCUCUGCUGCUACCUGGAGCUGCGCUCCGAGCUUCGGCGAGAGCUGGCUGCCGAGGCCCGCCGCGCCUCCGCCCCCUCCGGACCGCCGGCCGGGCCCCCCGACGCGACCGCUGAUGCCGACCGGGACGCCUUGGGUCCUCGACGCUACCGUCGCCAACGGGGGCAGCUGCCACCUCAACUUCAGCGGCAGCAGCAGCAGCAGCAACAAGCACAACCGCAGCUGCUGCCGCCCGAACCUGAGCCCGGGGACACGCCGCUUCUCCCGGCCCCUGGGGACCCGCAGCAGUUGGCCCUGCUGAAUUUCUUCUUUCCCAAUGAAGAAGAAACCAGACAUGCUCAUCGCAGCAAGAGGAGCAAAAGCAGUGAGGGAGCAGAUGGUCCAGUGAAAAGCAAGAAAAAGGGAAAAAAGGCUGGCCCUCCUGGACCAAAUGGCCCACCAGGUCCCCCUGGGCCUCCAGGCCCCCAAGGACCUCCAGGAAUUCCAGGAAUCCCAGGCAUCCCUGGGACGACAGUCAUGGGACCCCCUGGCCCUCCUGGUCCCCCUGGGCCUCAAGGUCUCCCUGGGUUGCAAGGCCCCUCAGGUACAGCUGACAAGGCUGGAGCUCGGGAGACCCAGCCGGCUGUGGUGCAUCUCCAAGGCCAAGGCUCUGCCAUCCAAGUGAAGAAUGAUCUUUCAGGUGGAGUGCUCAAUGACUGGUCCCGCAUCACCAUGAACCCCAAGGUGUUUAAACUGCACCCCCGCAGUGGGGAGCUGGAGGUACUGGUGGACGGCACCUACUUCAUCUAUAGUCAGGUAGAAGUCUACUACAUAAACUUCACAGACUUUGCCAGCUACGAGGUGGUGGUGGAUGAGAAGCCCUUCCUUCAGUGCACCCGGAGCAUCGAGACAGGCAAGACCAAUUACAAUACGUGCUACACGGCGGGCGUGUGCCUCCUCCGAGCGCGCCAGAAGAUCGCGGUGAAGAUGGUGCAUGCCGACAUCUCCAUCAACAUGAGCAAGCACAGCACGUUCUUUGGGGCCAUCCGGCUAGGCGAGGCCCCCGCCUCCUAGAUUCUUCCCGGCUGGGAGGCCAGGACGCCUGGAGCCGCCCCACCAUUGCAUGCAUUGCAUGCAUGGAGAGACAGAGGAACGAGCAAGUGAGCGUGCGCCACAGAGCCAGCUACUCACAGCCUAUUCCCUAACUAGUGGCUUUUGGCUGAGCCGGUUCGCUGGGACCUGAGGGAAGCAAUGGGUAGCUGCUGGCCUUGGGACGGCCAGGCCGGUAUUCCUAGACUCAGUGCCAACUGCCCUCAUCAAUUUCUGCCUCUGGGCUCAGCAUGAGGGGUCACCCACAGGCCUAUGGCUCUCAGGACCGUGGCACCACCAGCAGGGGCAUGGGGUGCUACUGCCAGUUGUGCCCACCAGCUGUGUGGUAGCAGGCACUUUGGGGUGAGAACUGGCAGAGACAGGAACCUGGAGGAGAGGGGGGCUGCCAACAAGGCCCUCAGGACUCUUGGGUGCCACCAGCGUGUACAGCAGAGAGCACUGGUCCAUUACUGUCACUGUUCUGGGUUCUGGUCCCGCCCCCACCAUAUCCUAAGUCUCUUCCUAAGUAUCUCUGGGCCUCCCCAUGGGCCCUUCCAUCUUGACUCCACCUUCUUCUCUGUAAGGGGAGGGGUUUCAACUAGAUAACUUUCCUCCUCGGAACCUACCUCUGCUCCUGGGCUUAUUCCUUAAGUAGGACUUUCCCAUGAUGCAGUGGGAGGGCAUGCAAGCAAGGAGGCACUUGGUACGGGCUUAUGGCUGUGCUGGCUGCUUAGCUUUGGCAACCUGUAGGCCCCCAUUGUGGCCACGUGCUCAGGCUGAAAGGGGGCCUUUGCUUGGUUUCCCUGCUCCAUAUCCAAGUUUUCUGUUUGGGGGUGGGGCGGCCCCUGCAGCAUGCUGUGGGCAGGGCUCCAUAAAUGGGCCCCUGGCCUUCUUCCCUGUUUCCAAAGCCAUCCUCAGCUCUUAGUCAAUUCCUGAGAUGGGGCCACGUUUCUCGCCCACCCCGUGCUAGUCUGGCCAUGGCUCUCACUCUCCCAACUUUUGCACAUGACGUGACAUGACGUAGUAACUGAUUCCAUGUGACUACACACAAGUCUUUUGUUCUGCUUGUGGGAUUGUGCCUCCAGGCAGGGAUUCCAGGGGCCAACUGGCCCUUAGUCAUGUGAACAGGCCCCAGAAGGGGCUAGUGACUCCUCCCAGCUCUAUAAGGGACCCCUGGGCAGCCUGGUGCACCCACUCCACACACACACACACACACACACACACCCAUCAGGUUCAGGCCCCUCUCAAGGGAGAGCACAAUCCGUGCCAGAGGUACCUGAGCUGAGCAUGGAACUAGGCAGUACAUCCAGUAGGACACCUAAGUGGGGACCAAUGGAAAGGGAACUGGCCCUGGAUUGAGAGGAGCCAGAUUCCAAUCCUGCUUCUGAUGCUUUGCCUCCUGGGGCCUCGGUUCCCUUGGCUGCUUUCAGAAAUCACAGCUGGCUUACUACUAACAAAAAGGACUUUGAGGAAGUCCCAGGAUGGGCUGGUUGCAAGAAGGCCACUCUUGCUCAGCACCAGGCGUUCCCUACGUUACUCUGCCGCCAGGUCGAGGCCUCUAAGUAAAUUGGGGCAGCCCAAGACCCCCAAUAAAGACAGACGCAUCCAUUUUCUUGAGUGUUCCAAAGCUUUUCUUCCACUCCCACCCUUCACCACGGAGCGGCUGCACAGGGGCUGCUGGACAGUGAGAGCCCCAGAGCUUCUCUCCACAUGGCCAAGUGGCAAGAGGAGCCUGAGCUGCACACACUCUUUGACGUCUGUCACCAUCUUGAGGUACUGGUGAUGAUAGCCUAAAAGCUCUGUAGCUACCAAGCCAAUGUGGGCCCCCCACCUGCCUGUGCAUGGCCAGCCACAGAAGGGCUUGGGCAAUCCACAGGGGAAAGGCCUUUGGGGCCUACAGCAGAAAUCCAAAGCCCUGAACCCUGGCAUGUCCAUCCCCACUGGGCAGCACUGGCCAGCCCUAGGACUGCUGGGGCUUCUGUGCUGAGAGAAAACGACCCUCAGCCUCCUAGAUCUGUGUCCGCUUGGUGUGGGGCCAAGCAGGGCCGCUGUUUUUUCCGUUCCCUGAAUCAGCAUCUGCCUCCUAUGGGCUAUAAGGGAGAUGGAAGCCUACGGUGCCCCGCUGGCAAGGGCUCAAGGCCCAAGGAGGGGCACAGAAAGGAAGUGGAGAUGACACUGGAAAGCACCUUGGAGAGCACCGGAUUCCCCGGGCCAAAGGUGUUCCUUGAGGCUGGGAUCUGUGUCCUGGAGAAGAUGGAAGGUGGUAGACCAGCUCUGCCUACCUCCUGGGGGGGGGGGGCUGCAGUGGUUGCUGCAGAGGAGGGCCAUGGCUGUGGCAUUGCAGUCAAAAGAAUGUGGAGGAGGCAGGGGGAUGCCUCAUUGACCUUCAUUCCUUUUGCUUUCCCUGAAGGGUGGAAGACUGGAGGAAACUGGAUCGUUGCUCUGCCCUGCCACCGAGGGUGCCAAGGGCCCACUCUUUCAUGCUAUGGCCACUGAGGCAAGAGAUGCUGGGUGGCUUGUGCGCCUGACCAGCAGACACAGGCCUUGGAGGGCCUGAGCUUUGGUUCACUCAGUCCCCACAAAACAGGGACUGGAGGAGUCAAGGAUUCCCCGACUUGGCAGCCCCUGGAGCACCCCAAACUCCUGCCAAGGGCCUCAGUUGGAUUCGUGUGUCGGUUCGAAUCAAGCCAGCACAUACUUUUGAAGCGCCUACUUCUGUGCCAGGUCCCAGGAUGGCUCCAACAACAAGAGGGCAGCAGUUCCCACCCUCAAAGGGCUUCCUUUCUCCGGCUAAAGCCUAAGUAGCCUCUCGUGUGUCCUGCCGUGAAACUCCUUUGAGUCAUGGCACCUGGGGAGCUGGGGUUGGGGCGGUCAGCAUGGGGGCCUCCCCCAGCCCUUGCUACACACACGACACCCUCAGUGAGACGUGCCCUUCUCCUCAGCGGUCCUGCACGUAUCGCCUCCCAGCAAUGCAGAUAGGCCUCGGUUCUGUGGGCCAUGUUAGAAAUAGUCAGCAUGUAGGUUUGAUUUAACCCAUUUGGUAAUGAAUCUGCUGUUCAGCCAGAGCAAGAUGGAGCUUCCGGAUGGGUCCCACCAGUGUCAGCUUCUGCAGGUGAAAAGAGGCCAAGCAGCCAAGCCUCCAGCCUCUCCUGUUCGCCUGAGCUAAGCUUCCAGAAGAGGGACCCAAGAGCCCGACAGGCAAGUCCGGAACUUGCGGUCAGUCCCCUCUGGGGAACAAAGGGCAGAGUGGCGGCCGGUAGACUCAAAGCUGCUUUCCAUCAGGGGCUCUGGCCAACGUGGGUGUGACGACUGCAGGGCCGAGGCCUUUGGUCCAAGGGCCUGUCACAAGCGCUGGGCUCUGCUUCCCCACCUACCUGGUGGCACAGAGGCCAGAGGGGGCAUCCCCUCCCUGCUCCCAGGUUGGACAUGGAGCACAAGGCAGAGCCAGUGUGAGCUGAGAGCAGGGCCCACACCCUGCUCCAUAUAGGCCGGGAGAUGGGGAAUGCCAGUGCAAGUACCAACUCAGGCUGGGCUGAGAGGCCUUCGGCUCCACCUCGUCCAAGAGCCAGGACAGGCUCCAAUCCUCUGGAGGAGGCUGAGAGGCCCACUCAUGCAACUUGGCCCCGGGGUAUCUUCCAGGUCCAUCUAGUUUCUGCACCCUGUGCUUAAAGCCCCACCAGGUCCCUCCAAGAAGGGCAGGGCCACCCAGCAUCUCUUUCUUGGAGAGGAGUCUCUGGGACUUAGGUCAGGUGAGCUGCCUGCCUAGUGUGGAAGAAAGACCUGCUGGGGCUUGGUGGGCCUCCUCUCGGUGGAGCCGCUCUGUGAAUAUCAAGUAUACAUACUGUGUAUAUAGGCCGGGUUGUAAGUUUGUGUAAAUGAAUGGUUUGUUCUUGGCCAAUAAAAGCUUCUCCCCCCUGCUGUGUGAAGGGCACACGGUCUUCUUGUUCCCUCCCCGGGGAGGGACAGAGGGAGGGAGGGAGGGAGGAGGAGAGCCACCAAGGCCCAGAGAGCUACCAUCUUCCCCCUCUACACCUCGCCUCAGAGCAGCAUACUGUGGGGCACCCCCAAGGCAAGCUCAGGGCCCAGGUCUGAGCAACACGCAAACAGGCCUCUGGUCCUAAGCACUGGAUAGCAAGCCCACCUGACAGUUGAGUCCAGGGACCCCAGGAGGCGUGGCCGGGAGCCCCUUCUUAGAGCCCUCCAGAGGCUCUCUGGCAGCCCCGUGCCAAGCUUUUGGGGAGUCCCAUAGCACAAAGGACAGAUUGCCAGAGGCUAGAAAGGCCCAGCAAGAGCCCUGGGCACUGGUGCCUUCCCUCAGUGUACCACAAGAAGAGGGGCAGUAAAAGUGCUGACCAGUGGCGUUUCUGCAGCCAAGUCCUGGCCAUGCAGCUAGAGUUCUCCUCUGCUGAGGAAACACAGUGACUCUGAACACCCGCCCUCUAAGUGCUCAGGAAAAUGGCCCCUCUGUGACCAAAGGGAGCCCGAGCGAGUCACGUGCCUUGGUCCAAAGGGGAUCCCCAUUCCUCAUCAUUCGGUGCAGUAGAUGGGCCCUGGGAUGGCCAGAUGUGCAAAUGUUCUAGGCCAAACUCCCAAAGGAAGGAGGAAUCCAAGGGUGGAAUGGUGGUAGACGUAGCCUCCUGUGUGGAGUGCUUGAGCCAAGCUCACUAGGCCGUCCACGUGCCUCCAGAGCUCCAGGACCCCCCAAGGCCUGUAGGCUGACAAAAGCCAGGCUAAAGGGAUCCAUCCCAAAGAAAUGUUCAUUAAGUCUCACUUCCUCAGGGAACCACAGCUGGCCUCUGGGAAGGGCCAAGUAGGCUUGGCCUGUCUGAGAGGAUGCUAGGCACUCCCAGUCUACCCUACUUCAAAAUGGCAGUGUCAGAUUUAACUCAUCUCUCUCACUCUCCCCACCCCGUCCAUCUCGUCGGCACAGGCUCUCCCCUUGCCGGCCCUUCACGUCCAUCCCGGCCCCCCAUACCUCCAAAGUCCAGCUUCUUGUCACUUCUUGCCUGGAAAAUUGCACUCGCCUCCUAACUGGCCCCCCAGCCUCCAAUCUGCCCUCUGUAAAACUUCAGGGACUCCUCAUGUAUCCAUCCUGGUAUUCAAGGCCCUGGGUGCUCUGAUACUAACCUGACAUCUUAGACCACUGUCUCUCAUGACUAUCAUGCAGUAACCAAACUGGACUGGUAGCUCAUCCCCAGGCUCACUCUGCCUUCUCCCACCCCCAGGCGCCUAACCCCACCUCUGAUACAGAUUUCCUCCACACCUUCACUUACCAAAGAUCUUCCCUCCCUCCUUCCAGACCUAGCUUAGGCAUCACCUUCUCUCUGACCUCUCCCCCUCCACUGAGGAUGAGAAGUUCACAGCCUACCACCUCUCCAGUGUCUGCUUCUCACAUCCUGGAGGCUGUAGACUGUCUCCCAGAAUCUCCGAGUUGGGAGGGCUAAAAGCCACAGAGCCAGAGAAAGAAUCCCUGAGAUGGGGUCCUCAGGCAGCCUUUGCUUGAAAAGCUUCUGGGAAAGGAGAGCCAGCACCCCCUCAGGCCUGUGCUGUCCUGCCUCUGGCCCCGUGUCCAUAUCUGGCGCUCUGCUCCUGGCUCUGGCCUUCAGGGCCAAACCGUACAAGUCUUUGUUCUCUCCUGCAAAACGGCAUUUCCAGAACUCCUUUUGGCCUUGAUAUCCCCAGAGCAGAAGGUCUCGUGGGAGUUCGAAGGCUGGGGGGGGGGGCAGCCCAUGUUUUUGAGGCUUGAGAUGUCCUCGUCACUCAGCACUGGUGCCUCAUAUGUCCCAGCUGUUUGGUGGCACAAAAGGUGAGGUAUUUUUGAGGGGGAAAGCAGUGGGUGUGAUUAUUAUUGCCUUUCAGGGGGUCUUGCUAAGGUUCUAGACUCACCACCCUUCCUCUCCCUCUUUGGUCCUUUGCCUUCUGCCUUCAGACCCUGUCAGGCACCGUGCUGAGUGCUGAGGAUACCAACAGGGUGUUUGGCUCUGCCCUCGGGGAGCUCCCAGUUGCUACUCUGCUAAAAUGGCUCUCGCUCAGGUCCCCAGGGAUGUCAGCAAAUAGCAAAGAACCAAGCAGCCAGGGAAGUGUGAGGAGAGAGCUGGAGCCCAGCCAGCAAGGUGCUGUCUAACUAGGUGGAGUUGCCCAAUCAGAAAUGUGCAACAGAAUUAAAGGCUCACCUGAGGCCCGCCCCAUGUGCCAAACAGCUAUGGAGGAGAAGCCCAGAGGAGCAAGGUCAGUCCCCAGCAGCAUGUAAGGUUUGUGUCUGUGCUGAUGGAUGCCAAGGACAGCCUCUGUCUGCCCAAAGUACAAGCUGGCCUCCAUCCGAGGGGAGGACGUGCUAGAAGUGGCUAGAGGGCUGUCUCUGGUCUCCAGGUGAUGGAGGAGAAGAAAGUGGUUCUUAUUGGAAGAAGGGCUUCUGGUGCAAGCCAGAAAGCAAAUGAAGUGACCAGAGACAGGGCAGUCUGAGCCUGGGCCAGGAAAUUGGAGGGCAGAAGAAGGAUGCAACAGGUGAAGGAAAGGGGGGACCACUGGCCCUCUGGGCAAAGGACCCCCCACCAGGAACCCAGAAAGCCGGGACGAUUUCCUGAUGCUGUAAGGACUCCACCAACAUUUUCCUCCCCACGUCUGUCUAAAAGGAAAGGAAUCAGAGAGGAGAGUAUUUAGGGGCCAAUCAGCUGUGCUGUUGGGAUUUGGGGGCCACAGUGACCAGGAAUCCAAUAGCCCCUGAGCCAGGAAGCUGGGAAAUCUGAUCUCCAGCCCUAUGCUGAAAAGGGAGACAAAGAGAAAAGAGCAGCUCCAUCUCUGUACGUCAAGCUCCAUAUCUAGAGAGCGGCGAGGACUGCGUAGGAGGAGGAAUGGCAGAGAGGAGGCGAUAUCCAUGAAGAGGGCCAGCAUCCCAGCCUCAGAUGUCUGUGUGCAAAUGUUAAGUGAACCAGAGGUUAGCCUAGUACAAGAGGUCAGUCAGUAGGGCUGCCAUUGAGGCUUGGGAUGGGCCUUGCAUCUGAAAUACAGGAAAAGCUGGAGGCAGUUGGGGAGGGGUGGGAGGAGUGGCAUUCUAGAUGAAGAAGGCAAGGGAGGCUGGCGGAAGAGAAUCCAGGAACCCAGGGCUGAAGGAAACGUGGUGGAGAACAUUUGGAUGAGGAGCCACAGAAGGAAAAAUAGAAGGGGCAGAAGGAAGAAUUAGACUUCACGUUCUGAAAUCGUCCCUGCUGAGAGGUCAUAGCAAAGGGGAGCUUCAGCCUUCCAGCCACCUGCUGGAGCUCCUGUAAAAGCAGAGAAGCCAGGAAACCAGGGGCUCACCUAGAUGGUCGUUUAAUCCUCAUAAAGGUGAACUAUGACAAGGAGAGCUGGAGCUACCAAAAUAGAAAUGACUCAUGAGCAAGUGACCCAAAUGCCAGCUUCAAUUUUGACAUUUGGAAGCAAAAUCUAGUGACCAGGACAGAGAAAAGACUGGAGAUCUCACCGCCCAACCACUGCUUGGAGGAAGUGGGGGUAUCAGCCGAGGCUUAAAGGGGCUCAUGGCAGCUGGGUUCAAGUAUUUGAAGAAUUGUGGAAGAAAAAUGAGCCUAGUCCCAGAGGACAGAACUGAGGGCAGUGAGGGAAGUACAUUGGAGAGAGAGAGAUAGACAGACAGACAGACCGACAGAGACGGAGAGACAGAGACAGAGAGAGAGGGAGGGAGCAACACACACACACACACACACACACACACACACACACACACAGUAGAUAUCAAGAAAACCAGUCAAUGGGAGUUGUCCAAAAAUAAACUGGGUGCUCCAAGGAGGUCAAUGGAGGACCUUCAAACACAGUGAGGGUGGUCACUUGUGGGAAAGGGAAGUCCCAGAUGGCCUUCUUGAUUGCACAUAGGGUGACCUUGGUCUAGUUGAGGCUGCCUUCUGACUGUGGUUUGUAAUUCUAUGAAGUGUGGCCUCUGUCCCUGAGCCUCAUUCCAGUGAGACCAUUUCUCUCACUUUCCUCUCCUUUUCUUCUCUGCUCCGGAGCCUGCUGACCACCCUCUCUUCCUUGAUGCCUGCCUCCUUGGCUUCCACGAGCCUCCAUUUGUUGGAUUCUCCCUCAGUCCCUCUAGCCUGGCCUCUCCAUGGGCUCCAUCAGCUGGCUUAUGUGCUGAGUAAGCAAUUUCCCGGCCUGCCUCCUGGCUCCAGGGCAGGCUCUCUCUCUCCCCCAAGCCCCUGACCCACGUUUCCUGAGGCUGCCCAUGGAGCAGCAUCACCCAUGCACCCAGGCUUAUUUGAUUGGGUUACUCUUGCUUCUACCUCGUUGCCAUCUUGCAUCUUCGAGUGCCUCAGCCUUUCUCCCUUAGCCUCUUUCCCUGAGCUGUUCCUAUAGCCUCUUGACUAGCUUCUGAGCCUUCAGUUGCUUCCCCCUCCAGCCCACUGCCAGGAAGUGGAAUGGCUCGGUCACUCCUCUGCACACAAGUCAUCAAGGCCUGCCACUUGCGACCCUCUACAAUCUGACUCCAACAACUUUUACCAGGCCCAGCUUGCCCUGGUCCCCUUCCCAUGCUGUGCUCUACCUUGCAGCCAAAUAGAAUCUCGUUCUCCUUGAUGUCCCUGAAAUGUCUGCUUUGUUUUCCAGUGUGGGGCCUCUACAGCUACCAUUUCUCAGGCCUGCAGUGUCCUCCCAUGCAUGAGAGCACCUUCUGGUGAUAUCCUUCAAGGCCCAGCUCAAAUGCUGCCUCCUCUGGGAGGCCUUCUCUGCUCAGCCCCAUCAAAAUGGGAUCUCUCCUUCCACUGAUCUUGUGGCACUUGGCAUGCCUCUCCUGGGCCUCGAUUCAUGCUAGUUGUCUGCAUCCACGUGUUCUCCUCUACCAGACUGGAAGCCCCAUGAGGGCAGGACCCGUUCAAUAACAAACACCCACAACCCCAAUCACCAUAACUUUGCCAACCUGACUCAAAAUAUCAGCCCUUGCCCCAUGUUGCAGAGAACCUUUGUCUCUCCCCCAGACCCCGCCGUGUAUUGAACACUUAAUAAAUACGUAGGAAACUGCA